AGAUUACAGCCUUUCCCUGUCCCAACCGAGCGGAAGGGGGUGGGAUCGCGCAGCCGCAGUCUGGCGUUCUCUCCUCCCUCUCUACCUCCUUGGUACCGGUGGAGUCCUCUUUGCCCUUGCUUCUGCGGAGCUACUGGGCUGGGGAGUUGCCAGCCCCACCUUUUCAGGAUUCCACCUGCUACGGACCGAAAAUUGUUUUUUGCUUUCAGAGGAUCCUAGACGUAGAGUUGGAAGGGACGUUUGUGGCCCUCGAAUCAUAUCCCUCUUUUUACCUGUUUGGAUACAGAGGCCUCGAUAAGUGCCCAGGAAUGAAGAUGUCUGACAAAAUCAAGAAAAAUGUAGCUACCAGAGCUUCAAUUAUUGAGCAGCUAUUGACAGAAAAGAAUUUCCAAGAUCUUGGAGAUCACUUGACUGAACUGGAAACUAUUCACAUGAAUGUAGAGCAUCUCCAAGAGACAGAUGUGGUCAGAGCUGUAUAUAGAGUUUUGAAACAUUGUCCUAUAGUGAUUUUCAAAAAGAAAGCCAAGUAUUUACUUUGCAAUUGGAAAAAACUUUAUAAAAAUCACCCAGUGAACAACCCUAAUUUUUUUCUCAAUGGCAUUAAGAAAAACAUUGAACAUGUUAAUCUAGUUCAAGAAGAAAAUCCCCCAUACCUAAGUCAAGAACAAACAUUAGACAUAGCAAGUUCUAAUUCUGUGUCACCAGCCCAAGAUGUUGCAAAAGAUGUUGAAAAGAUUAUGCCAGAAAACAAUGCUGAUGCAGUGGAGGAACAUUCAGAAGAACAUUUCAUGAGUAAUGACCCUAAAUCCAUUGGCAACAAGUCAGCUUGGCAUCAAGAUCCCAUGAGGUCUAAGUGUGUAGAACUUCUUUAUGGAGCCUUAGUUACUUGUGCCACAGACCAGCAGAAAACUGAUCAGUUGCAAAAAUUGGCAAGAGAAAUUGAGGAGUACAUUUUUGUACUUUAUUCAAAAAAUCUCAAAAAAUAUAAAAAUUGUAUCCGAAGCAAAGUGUCCAAUUUGAAGAAUCAAAAAAAUCCUCAUUUACAACAAAACCUGUUUUCUGGGACCUUAUCUCCAAAAGAAUUUGCUGAAAUGACAGUCAUGGAAAUGGCAAAUGAAGAAUUAAAGCAAUUGAGGGCUUCAUACACAGAGUCCUGUAUACAAGAACACUGUCUUCCUCAAAUGGUUGAUGGUACACAAACAGAUAAAAUAAAAUGUAGGUGCUGUGAAAAAUUUAAUUGCAAGGUCACUGUGAUUGCCAGAGGAGCACUUUUUCUUCCAAGUUGGGUUCGCAAUGCAAAUCCAGAUGAACAAAUGAUGACCUAUGUUAUUUGUAAUGAGUGUGGGGAACAAUGGUAUCACAGCAAGUGGAUUUGCAUAUGAUUGUGAAAAAACGUUGACAAAUUUUAAUAAAGAUAAUUUUUGUUGAUAAAA